GUGUGUAUGUGCAGUGCGUGUGUGUGUGUGUCUCUGUGUGGAGUUAUGGCUCUGUUCAUGGACUCAGACUUCUCUUUACUCAAGCAGAACCCGCAGAAAGACAUGGUGGAUUUUAAAGCUUUAUUUGGAGAACAGGAUCACUGUAAAGAUGCUCGGGCUGAGGGCGCGCUGUCCUCCCCGGAGCCGGACAGAGCCGCCGGACUGAUGGAGGGCCAGAGGAAGAGGAAGAGGACCAUCUUCAGCCGAGCCCAGCUGUCAGAGCUGGAGCAGGCCUUCGCUGUGACCCCCUACCCGGACAUCACCCUGAGGGAGAGGCUGGCCGCGCACACACACCUGCCCGAGAGCAAGAUACAGGUGUGGUUUCAAAACAGAAGAGCCAGAAGUAUCAAGACUGGGAGACUCCCCAAGUCCAACAAGUCAGUCCUGGGAGGUAGAGGGGUUGUUGAUCCCUCCACUGGGCCUGUGACCUCUGCUUUCCUCGCCUCAACCACCCUGGCAGACAUAUUCAGGCCGGAGCAGAACCACUCCUGUGAGGACGUCCCGCAAAUGUAUUCUGACUGGAUCCAAAUCUACAGCAACCCCGUAUCAUCGCCACCAUCUUCCUCGUCAAUCCACCAACAGCCCGCGCUGGGCUCCUCAAAACCUCCAGAGUCUCGUCUCUGGGAGGAGGAGCAGCACCACCAGAGGCAGCACCUGGGACCAGCGCUCCCGGGCUUCCUCCCCAGUUCUUUCCCUCAGCCCGUCAGCAGGCAGCCUCACCACCCAGCCUCCUCCCGCUCCUACCAGGCCUUCAGGAACUUCAAACCCCAGACCGUGGCUCCACCCGGGGCUCAUCAAGCUGUGUACGGCAGCAGCGCUGCAGGAGGAGGUCACACCUCUGUAGACCAGGUAGUCCCUUCCCAUCCUCAGCCGGUGUACUGGGAGGUAACUCAGGGCCAAGGACACCACCACCAUCACCACCACCCACACCAUCACCACCACCCUCAAAUGGGACCACAGACCUCCAUGGGCUACAUCUCAGACCUGAUCUACAACGCUGCUAUUGUCACCAACUUUCUGGAGUUCUGAUUAAUCUGGAUGUGGAGCAUGACCAGUGGAAUAUAUGAAUCCUGGGGCUUCUAUUCCUGUCAGUAUUUCCCUUUACAACACCUCUUGAGUUCACACUGUUCUGUGUGUUACUACUGCCGAUCGGUCCUCAAACCUCUAUAGAGUUGUUUUCAAGUUGUGGUUGGUUUGUCCUUGUCUUGUGUUUUUAGUAUGUUCCAGUCAUGUUUUAAAUAUGUUAGGAUCCAUUACAUCCCAGUUGAAAUUGCUAUAAUUUACAGUUGCAUUGGCUCAGUUUUUACAGUUUCAGUGUGCAAAACAUUCAAUGCAAAUCACAUGCCCAUCCCUCAGAAUACAGACACCUCAGCUACGUUAGCACAAGUUUCAGUGCCCAACAUAUCAGAGGUGUGGACUCGAGUCAAGACUAGGACUAAAGCUGGACUUGAGGCUCAAAUUUGAUUGAUUUGCAACUUCACUUGGACUUGAGACUUUUCACUUGAAAAUAUUUGAUACUGUCCCCCAAGCCCAAAGACCCAAAAGCACAAAAAGUAUGUGUGUCACAAAUCAAUUCCCAGCGAGUUGACACUUAAUUCCACAGAUCCACUUUGUUUGAACUAAUCCGACGGCAUCCAAUCCAUGAAGAACUAACGUUACUUUACUGAGCACCAGCUGGAAAAAAUGAUACCAAAGAUACUUUUGUUUUGCUCAUUCUGUUGUUAAAAUGGCAUUACAUUUGAGAGCAAAUUGUGAAUUGUUUAGGACUCAAAACUCAAAGUUUAGGACUUUAGACUUGCAGACAUGUGACUUGCAAAAACCUGAUUGAUCUGGUUGGUCCCACCCCGGAAAUUAAGUGAUCAGUACGUCAAACAUCAAAUGUAUAGCAGUGGUUGAAAGACAAAACGAGGAAAAUGAAAUGCAAUUUCUUUCCAUUUUAUUACUGUCAAAUGUUGUAAUGUAUUAUGGUAUGUAUUAUUAAAUGUAUUAUGUUGGUGAUGUAAAUGGCCGUUUAAUCAUUUCCAACAUUACUUUAGCUGACUGUAUUUUAUAUGAUCAGUCUUAUGUAAAUAUCUAAGGUUUGGGGUCGAUACAGACAGAA